AUGGAGGACUUCCAAACCGCACGAGCUGCCCAAGACCCACCAGAGCUCGACUGGACCUCAAACGGAUGCACAGCUUCCCCAGAUGAGCCUCUCGGCUUCAACUUCAGAGACAGCUGUUAUCGUCAUGAUUUUGGAUACCGCAAUUACAAGACCCAAGGUCGAUUUUCCGAUGAUAACAAAGAUCUCAUUGAUCUCAACUUUAAGAAAGAUCUUUACAAUGAGUGUGCAACGGAAGGACUGAUAUCUGAGGGUAUUUGCAAGGGUGUUGCGGAUGUGUAUUUCGAGGCUGUGAGCGCAUUUGGUCAGAAGCGUUCCAUUGAGGAGCAAACCUGUGAGGUGUGUUUGGAAAGGCAUGGUUGA